GUUCAAUACAGCUAUGGUUAGGUUUAUAGCACUACAAGUUGUUUAAAAUCCUUUAUUUUAUCAAUUUUGGAACACCAGCACCAGCAGUAUUAAAAAUUUUAUAAAUCCAGAAGCCGCGACAUGAUUUUGAGCCAAAACUAUGGAUGAAUACGAAGCACAAUUGCUCGUUGUGGAACAGGCGCUAGGAAAUGCCACAGAUGAAUCGCAACGCCAGGAACUUUUGGCCCUCAAAACAAAUCUGCAGGAGCUACUGGCUCUCACGCAAGCUACAGAAGAUGAACCACCGACCGACGGAGUACCUCAGCAGGGAGACGACCUGGACGUCGAGCUACAGCGGCUCAGGAGCGAACUGAACGACCUGGAGGAAACGGGCGCCACACAAGCGGCGGCGGAUGAGGAGCGGCAACUGGCGGAACUGCGGGCCAAGUAUACAGCCAUGGUGGGCGAAAAGUGCUCCGCUCCUCACGAGCACAGUUGGGGCGUUUGUUACCACAAUGCUCUAAUCUGCGGAGUAGACGACGAGGUUAUUAUGAACGGUGAUGGUGUCUUGGAUGUUCGGUUGAGGGUACUCUUCACGAAUCCCACGCAUCGGGAAAUGCUUCCCUGCUCCUAUUUUCUCGAGGGCGAGUGUCGUUUUGAUGAGUCGAGGUGUCGCUUUUCUCAUGGCGAGUUGGUUACCGGCAGCUCCAUUAAAAAGUACAACCCACCCGAUUUCCAUAAGCUUGCGCGCAGUCGUCCAGUUUUUGCCCUGCUGGCGGACCGCUUGUGGCACCGCGGUCGAGUGCUUUGUGUUAACUUCGUAGAACAGGUGUGCCGGGUGCGAUUGGAUGCACAAGAUCACAAGGAGCGGGAGCGUGACUUUAAGUUUGAGGAGCUCUUUCCGCUAACCACCGAUCAGGAUGAGGACGACGAACUCUCAAGCGAUGAGAGCAACUCCAGUAUGAACGACGAGAGCAGUGACGAAGAAGAGUCAGAAAUGGAUGACCUGGAGGAGGCCAGGAGAGCUCGCAUGGUCGAGUUGAGUUUGUUUACUUUCAAACCAACGGAACGGCUGGGCGCUUGGGAAGAGUUUACAAGGGGCAUCGGCUCCAAACUCAUGGAAAAAAUGGGCUACAUUCAUGGUACUGGUCUUGGCUCCGAUGGAAGGGGAAUUGUAACGCCUGUUAGUGCCCAAAUACUUCCUCAGGGUCGAUCCUUGGACGCCUGCAUGGAGCUGCGUGAGGCUGCCAACGGGGAUAAGGACUUUUUCAGCGUGGAACGAAAGCUGAAAAAAGCCCAGCGAAGUCAGCGAAAAGCGGAUGAGAAGGCCUACGUGCGGGAGUCGCAACGUACGGAUGUUUUUACAUUUUUAAACGCAAGUGUUCUAGGCCCCGGAGAAAGCAACCAACAAGUUGUGCAGGUGCCCAAAAAAGCGAAGACUAACGAACUACAACAACAUUCGACCAAAACUCUCAACGUAGAAACUGUCCGAAUAGCUGAUGAGAUCCGUCGAAAACAGAGGGAUAUGGCAAAGGUAAAACAGUCAUUGGACCGCAAUUCUGGAGAUGUACAGCUACAGAAACGACUACAAGAGCAGAUGCAUGGCCACAAACAGGAACUGGCCACGCUGCAAGCCCAGGAGCGCAGCUUGAGCAAGGAGCAGCAGACGCGCAAGAGCAAGAAUAAAAUGUUUGAGUUUUAAUAUGA